AUGAAGCAUGUUCUUUCUACCAUUAUUAGUCUUAAUCAGUCAGCUUUCAUAUCUGGUAGAACUAUUCAGGACAAUGUCUUGGUUUCUCAUGAAAUUCUUAGGAAUUAUCAUAGAAAAGGGGGAUCCCCUAGAUGUGCCUUAAAGAUUGAUAUAAAAAAAUCCUAUGAUUCAGUGAGUUGGCAAGCUAUUCUUCUAACCCAGGAAAAAUUUGGUUUCCCUGCUUCCUUUAUCCAUUGGAUUUAUUGCUGCAAUUCAACUGCUAAAUUUUCUGUUAUGGUUGAUGGAUCUGCCUAUGGAUUUUUUGGUGCUUAG